GAGGCGCUGGUCAGCCGGGAGGGAGCAGGACACGGCUCCCGCUCAGGCGGGGUUAUGAGGAGGUGCACAGAGUGGUUGUCAGGACAUGGUGUGGGGCCGGGUAAAGGGCUGUGUCAAGGCUGACGGCGGGUCCUGGGGGAGAGGUGGGUGUGAGGGGUGUCGGGCCAGCGGUGGGUGCUGGCAGGGAGUGGUGCCCGGCCCGCCGUGGCCUGAGCCUGCCUGUCCUCCCCUCUAGGAUGCAGCGGUGGCCAGUGGUGCUCUUCCUGGCCUGGGUUUGCUUUCUCUUUUUUGCCGGCAUCGGGCUCUUCAUGAGUGGCUUCCUGCUCACCCGGAUCGAGCUCGCCAGCAGCAGCUCCUGCUCCGACCCGCUUGUGCCGCCGCCCUGGGAGGGGCAGAGCCUCCCGCCGGGCUCCUGCUGGGCGCCCCAGCGCUUCUCCAAGGCCGUGCUCGUCAUCAUCGACGCCCUGCGCUUCGAGUUCGCCCGCUUCGACCCCGGCAAGGCCAGCCCGCUGCCCUACGAGAACAAGCUAGGGGUGUUGCACCACCUGGCCACCUCCCAGCCCCGGCACGCCCGGCUCUACCGCUUCCGGGCCGACCCUCCCACCGCCACCAUGCAGCGCAUCAAGGGCCUCACCACCGGGUCGCUGCCCACCUUCAUCGACGUGGGCAGCAACUUUGCCUCCUACGCCAUUCAGGAGGACAACCUGCUGGCACAGCUGGUGCAGAACGGAAGGAGAGUUGUCUUCAUGGGUGAUGACACAUGGGAAGGACUCUUCCCAAAGAAGUUUUUCCGCUCGUAUUUCUUCCCUUCUUUUAAUGUGAAGGAUCUUCACACUGUGGACGAUGGGAUCCUGCAGCAUCUCUAUCCAACUGUGGACAGUGGAGAAUGGGACAUGCUAAUUGCUCACUUCCUUGGAGUGGACCACUGUGGGCACAAACACGGACCCGACCACCCCGAGAUGGCCAAGAAGCUCACCCAGAUGAAUGAGAUGCUCAGGUCCUUGGUGGAUCACCUGGGGAAUGACACCCUUCUUCUGGUGGCUGGGGACCAUGGCAUGACAGAGACUGGAGACCACGGUGGCGAUAGCGAGAAGGAAGUGAACGCAGCACUGUUUGUGUACAGCAGGACACCCCUGUUUGGCAGUGGCCCUCCAGAGGAGCCUGAGACCAUUCCCCAGGUGAACCUGGUGCCCACUGUGGCCCUGCUGCUGGGUGUGCCCAUCCCCUACAGCAACAUUGGGGAGGUGAUGGCUGAGCUGUUCUCCGGGGACGGUGACACUGUGUCUGCAGCCUUGCAGCAGCUCUCGGUCUAUCACAUCAACGCCAAGCAGGUGGAUCGCUUCCUGCACUCCUACUCGCUGGUGGCUCAGGACCUGCCAGCAGAGCAGCUCCAGCACCUGCAGGAGCUUUUCUCCAGCACCGUGGAGGAGCACACUCAGCUCUUGGCCGAGGUGCAGGGAACAACGCUGGUGCCUCCGGACCUGGAAUCCAGGCUGGGAAGCCUCAUUGGUCGCUUCCAGCUCUACCUGCGGGAGGCACGGGCUGUGUGCACCCAGUCCUGGGCCCGCUUCCAUCCCCUGCGUAUGGUGGGAGGCUGCAUCCUUGUGGCGUCUUCCUGCUUGCUCUGCUACGUGGCCUCAGAGUUGGCCGCAUCCUCGGACUCCUUCUAUCGCAGCUGCCUGCUGUACCCGCUGCUCUGGGGCCUCAUGGGGGCUGCUCUGCUUGGGCUGGCCCACGUUUUCACCCAGGAAGGGCUGGACCUUCUCCUGGUGUCGUCAUGGGCAGCCGCUGCUUCUCAGAUGGGAUUUUUCUGGCACUGGUGGGUCCAGCAUCCCAAGAGGGCCCGUUUGGUGGGCAGUCAGCCACCCUUGGCCAGCAGUGGCCUGAGGCAGAGGCUGCGAGCAUGGCUGGGGCUGGCCUUUCCCAUGGGCAUCCUGUUCUUCCGCUGUGGAGCCAUGUUCUCCGACAGCUUUGUCGUGGCUGAGGCGCGGGUGGCCCCGUUCCUGCUGGCCUCGCUGGUCAUGUUGCUGUUAGGGAAGCUCCACUGGGACGGUCACCUGACUGUGCCAGAAAGCCCCAAGCAGCAGCUCCUUGGCUUUUCCUCUUACCGGAAGGAUAUCUGGUACUUGCUGUGCCUCGUGGCCGUGCUCCUGGUCUGCGUGCGCCUCUCCGGUUUCUUCCACCAGUGCCGCGAAGAAAUUCCUCAGUGCCGGCCCUCUCUUUUCCUCUCCCCUCUUGCCAGCCUGAGAAACACACGGGCCAAGAACCUCUUCUACCUCCUGUGCGUGGCCUUGCUGGCCGGGCUAGUGUAUGCAGUGCGGAGCUGGCUGCGGCACUACGGCAACCUGAACAGCUCGGACCCCCUCGUGCUCUUUGUGCGCUGGGGCUUCCCGCUGGUGGUGCUCUGCAUUGCCUGCUACUGGGCUGUGGCCUCCAGCACUGACGACUCCCUGGGCAAGCUGCAGGAGCUGGUGCAGGUGGCAGUUGUUGCCUUUCCAUGGGCUGUCUAUGGACUGGCGUCCGUGGGACUGCUGCUCCUGCUGUGCAAUCCCAUGACAGUGUUUGCAAAGGACACACGGGAGUCAGCAGGAUCCAUUGUCACUCCCUACCUGGGGGUUCCCAGCUCCGAAGUCGACUUCCUCCACGUCAUCCCUCAGAUCUACAAGAGGAUGCAGGAGUCCCAGAAGAGCAGGCUGGAGCGAGGCAGCUGCAGGGCCACGGUCGCAGCGUAUGGGCUGGGCAGUGUGUACUCGGCAGCCCUGGUCAUAGCCCUCACCCUCCUGGGCUUCCUCCUGAUGCUCCUGCACAGCGAGCGCCUGAGCUUUGCCUUCCUGCUCCUCUUCCUGGAGGCCUUUGUGCUGCUGCACAUCCACACGUGUGCCAGAGGCCUUGCUGGAGAUGCUGAGCCUUUUUCUGUGCCCUGGUAUGCAGUCAUCUCCUGGCUUCUUGCUGCUUCCCAGUUCUUCUAUUCCACAGGCCACCAGCCCGUCUUCCCAGCCAUCCACUGGAAUGCAGCCUUUGUCGGCUUCCACCUUGACCACAGCACGAACCUCCUGCCUGCUGUCCUGGUGGGCGCCAACACCUUUGCCUCCCAUAUCCUCUUUGCAGUUGGCUGCCCCCUGCUCCUGCUCUGGCCCUUUGUGUGUGAGAUGCCCAACUCACAGAGGAAGAAGCCCAAGAAAGAGUCACGUGAGGAGCUGCAGGAGGUGGAGGAGCACAUGAUGGAGAUGAGGCUGCGGGAGUCUCCGGAGAAGUUCUCCGCUGCACUGUUGCAGCUGGGGCUGAAGUACCUCUUUGUGCUUGGGACACAGCUUCUGGCCUGUGUUUGUGCAGCUAUGAUCCUUAGGAGGCACCUCAUGGUCUGGAAGGUCUUUGCCCCCAAGUUCCUCUUCGAGUCGCUGGGCUUCGUGGUGAGCAGCAUCUGCCUCUUGCUGGGGAUCUCGCUAGUGAUGCGUGUGGACUGCGCCGUCAGCACCUGGUUCAGCCAGCUCCGGCUCAGGUAGCGCCGGAGACAUGGGGAUCCUGACCUGCUCGUCGGCCCAGGCUGUGGUUGUCCCCUUGCCUCCCUUGGGCUGGGAGGGAUACAUGAGCCGCCAGAAAUGAGUGCCUGCCGGCAGCAGUCAGGGAUUAUCCCCUGCUCCCCGCCUCUGCGCUGUAGAAAAGGACCGGAGUCCUGUUCCUUGCUCAUGGCGGGGGUGUUUCUCAGCAGGGGAGUUCAGAGCUCUUGCUGGGCCUUUGCUGGCAGCAGGAGGACUCUGCUGCAGGAGCCCAAGACACAAAGAGUCCUGGAGUGCUCCUCUGGAGAAACACCAAUGGGGAUCUUGCUGCUGCUUUCCUGACAACUGUCUCCACUGUGCAGCUGGAAGGCUUCGGUGGCCAACAGGAUGUCACGUUGCCUGUGCAAAGACUCAUAGGAUGGGGCCUGCUGAGGAGGGAAGAGAAGGUGGGAAGGAGAGGGAAUGUCCCACAGCCACGUAUUCAGUUUUCACACUGGAAUCAAAGUGUAAGUGGUUACAUGUGCAGAUGGCUCCCAGGGCCUCGGUGGCAGCUGCUCCUCUGUAAAGUCAGUCAGUUGCUCUGUAGUGAGGCCUUUCCUGCCCUACACUCACUCCUGUUUUCCUGGUGCUCCACAGCCCUAUGAAGGGCAGUGGAGAGCACUCUGGGCUGCCUUGUACAGCCUGAAGAGGGCUUAGCUUGGGGCAGUGGUAGCAGGGAGAACUGUGUCCAUGACCAAGAAGCUCUCCACUCGUGUUCUCAGCCUGUCAGGGUUCCUGUGGGCUGGGUGGUAGCAGCAAAGGCUCCUCAUCUCUUCCUAAGUGUGUGCUGCUGAAUGCUGGCUGUUAAUUGUGAAUGGUUAAGAUAGAGAGGAUGUAGUGACAGAAUAUGGGCUCACCCCCAUAUUGGGCCUGGCCAGGAGGAAAGAGGAGCCCAGAGUAGCUGUCCCUACUGCAGGAGUGGCCUUGGUGUGAGCUCCAGUGCCUGGGAACAGCUGCUUGAAAGCCCUGAGCAGGCACCAGUUCUUGAAGGAGGUGGUUUAAUUCACUGGUGUCUGUGUAUGUGCUUGGGCUUAUGGGCUCUAGGCACUGCAGCCAGUUGCAUCCAUCAUCCUGUGUUUGGUACUUCUCUCCCUCUUGGCCUUGGCAUUCUCUGUGGGACUUCAUGCCACAAGUGAGCUACCCCAAACUGCCCUUGGCUGCAUGGUGUUUCUUUCUUUAUGGGCACAGGUAGAGGACAGUGACCAUGAUGUGUGGCCACAUCCCAGCCAAGUUCCUCCUGCAGUUUUCAUUGGAGCUGGGAUUCCUUACUGCCCUGAACCACUGUGUGGCAUUACUUGGUGCUAUGAAACCUUUUGUCUCUUUUCGCUCUGGAAAGAGCUGAGGACUGCUUGCCUGGGAUUUUUGUAUUGAUGUUUGUCUGAUCCCAUUAAUUUUUAACUCAUGCACCAUGACUACCGCUGUUUGAAUUCCUUACUGCAGACUGUUAGUGUAACUCCAGGCUCUUCCUCUCCUCUGCCCUGGAGAGUCCCAGGGAAAAUGUCUUGUCACCUCUCUCAUCAUCUGAGUUCUUGCCGUUUUUCCCAAGUGUCCAGUUGCUGUGGAAAAUGGCUCUUUAGGGCAGGUUGAGUCUUGUAUUUUACCCCUGCAAAAUGCCUGCUGAGUUGUUAGGGUGCAGUUCUGGCAAGGCUUAAACGGCUCUAAUUUUGGGUUUCCAUUGCCUGACCUGAGCUGCUGGCUGUGCUCUCCUGUGUCAGCCUCUCCUUUGCCCUGCUCUGCGAGCCCGUCCUCCUCAAUUUCACCUGACUGAGCCAGGGACUGGUUUGUAGCUGGCAUCGCUCCCUGGGCUGCCUCACUGCCUGGAUGCAUGACACUGAUACUAGGAACAGGCAAGGGGUAGCAGCGUAGUGGGGGAAGCUGGAAGCUGCAGAAACACAUCAGCCCACAGUUAGAUGGGUUUAGGCAAUCCCACCCUCAGAAGUAGGUUAUUUGCUGUAAACUGUGACUCCUUGGCCAUAUGUUCUCUGUGCUGAGGGGCGAGGGGUACAUCCAUAUGCAGAGGAGGAAGGGGGUGGAGGUAGCAGCUACCCAGUGUUCAUUUAAUGUGAAGUUAGUCUGGAUAACAUGUUGCUAAACCCCAAGGCUGGAGCCCAAAUAAGUCGCCUUGUGACCUUGUAACCUGGUCAGGAGCUUGCUGCCCUGUGUGUAUUUGUGCUGGCAAGAAUCCUUGUGGUCACUGAUAGUGUAGAACUGGCCCCUGAUGUCCCUGCCGCUGCCACCCAGGCCCCUGGGCUCCCAUCUCUGGGACUAGUUCCUCUUUCACCGGCCACUCCAAGGCAGCUGAGCCUUUCCAUGCCCAUUGUUCAUGGUUAGAAUACUACAGAGUGCUUGAGCAUCCUCUGUCACCCCUCCAUGUGGCUGUGGGCUCAUGUUCCCGGGACACCAGGGAGAGCAGAGGGAACAGCAGCGCUGUAGUGUCACUGAAGCACACACACUUAUCUUAACAGAGACUAAACAAAACUUGCAGUAACAGAGCUGCAGGUACAUUCCUGUCACUGCAGAGAUGCCACGGAGUGCUGGCUGCUCGGCCACGGAAGACUGGCUGCUACACCAAAGAUUUCAGGUUCACAAAGACAAGUUUUCCAAGGGCUGGAGAUGCUCUUGCUUCCCUUCAUUGACUCUUUUAGUCUUUGUCAGCCUUCCCCAGCUGCCCUUGAGCUGAUUGAUGGUCUGCCAUUCUCCUGAGCCUGCUGGGGAUUACAGAGUUAAUGCUGGUCCAGGGCUUGGCGACCUUGGAAGCAGAGCAUGCUGCUGAUGCUCGAGCAGACAGGGCUGAUUUAAAACCACAAGAGGAAGCUGCCUGCUGGUCCAAACCAGGGCUCUUUGGGAAACCUGGCAUGCUGGGGAGUAGGCUCUGCCCCACAUCCUUUUGAAGGAGCCUGCUCCUGCCAUAGGAGCCUGCUCGUCUCUCCUGGAGGAGUUAUUCCAAGUGGUUUGUUUCUAGACCCUAUGUCCCUUGGCUGAGCAUGACAGGGGACAGAGUGCUCAGCGGAGUAGUUUCCAUCCUGCGCUCCACAAUCCUGUUGCACUUUGGGCUUUGCAUGUGUUGUGCGUGUGUUCCUUGGCAGGGGAGAGCUCCGUUGGGAAACUUCCCUGGCUCAGGCCCAUGGUGGACGGUGUGUCCCAUGGUCUGGCACAGGUCAGGGAUUGAGCUGUGUCUUUUUGUGCUGCUUGGAAAAUGGUGACCGAAAGCCACUACCACUGUGAAGAGUUGGGAGUGUUGGGAGCAUCCCACUGCUCUGAUCUGUGGGGCUGACAUGGUCCCAAGGGAUGGCACUGCUUUGGGGAGGCCAGGGCUCUGUUCCCACACCCGUUCCUCUGUCCCAUCUCUGUUCUUCCCUCAACACUUCAGGCUGCUUUUUUAUGCCAAGGCACAGUCCCAGUCUCAGUGUGCAUGUUCCCCCUUCCCCUUGGGAAGCAGCAGUGCCAGUGUGUGGGGAACAGGGCUGGGGGGGUGCUGCUCUCUCCUCUGAACCCUGACUCGACAUGCAACAUGGCUUGGAGCAAGAUUGUUUUAUUUUUUAUUAACCUCUGUGUGCCUCAGUCCCUCAUUUGGGGAAAAAAAUAAAAGGGGAUGGACCCAGUUGUGGAAAGCAUCCUGGGAGCUCUGCAUGCAGCGUGGUGCUACGCUUUCCUGGGUAUCUACACAUCUGGCUGUCAACGCUUUCAUUCACAUCCAGCAGCUACACCUGGAAAGUGGAAGUGAUGCUUGAGUCUCUGCUGGGAGGCAGAGUCUUUUUUCUUCCAAAAACCCCUCCAAAACAGGCAAGUGGGCAGCGCUCCUUCGCUCGGCAACUGCAGCCCUUGUGAUGAGUGUCCCACGUCCAGCAGUGCUGGGUGCGGCACCACCGACCGCGGGGGGCACCCAGGGAGGGGUCACUCCGUUAAUAAAUGAUUUAAUUAAUUAAUUAAGUGAGGAGUGGGGGAGGUGUGCGUGGAGAUUUGCUGUCCGAGGGGCUCCGGGGGCACGGGGCUCCGGGCGGCUGUGAAACUGAUGAUGUCUGCAAAUAAAACCGUGAGAGCCAA